AGCACUUUGUAACUUGUUUUUGAAAAGUGCUCUACAAAUAAAGAUUAUUAUUAUUAUUAUUAUUAAUCCCUGCACAUUACAUGUCACACAUGUGCUGACAAGUGACAACGUCACAUGAAGGAGGUGUGAAGACAGAGCUCAUAAACAAUAUGUGAGGACAGGCAAACCCUGCAGACCAGCGCUGCCCACAUGGAAAUAAGCCUCCUCUCUGUUAUCUGUCUGCACAGGGAAAAAGUAAGCUGCAGACUUUGGGUUUAUGGUAACUCAGUAGUCAUGUUGACAGUGUUAAGAAUAAAUACUGGACAAAUUAAGUUUGCCAUUGUGCUCCAAUUUCCAUCAAUAGAUAGUUUAUAUUUCUGAUGUUUUAAAUUUUUUAUUGAAUAUGUCUUACACAAAUCAAUCGCAGACGAACAUCACUGUUGGACGGCAGUACCAAGAAUUACUGGGAUUAUUGUUGUCUUCUAUUGUGACUACAGUGCCAUGUUGUGUGUUUCUCUUCAUUAAUGUGACCUUGUUAUUCACCUUGAGGAGUAAACCAGUGUUUUGUGAGACCUCUCGUUACAUUCUGCUGUUUAACCUCCUUUUUGCAGACACUGUACAGAUGGCAGAGAGUCAGUUAAUGUACAUAAUCGCUGCUUGUAGAAUAACAAUGACGUAUCCUGUGUGUGGCUUUCUCAACAUGCUUGGUUAUCUCACAAAUGAAAUCUCUCCUCUCACACUGGUGGUGAUGUGUCUGGAGAGAUUUGUAGCUGUGUGUUACCCACUGAGGCACGCUGCCAUCAUCACCGUCAGAAACACAGGGGUGGCUGUUUGUGUUGUUUGGGCCUUCAGUUCACUCAGUGUUUUUAUCCAAGUUCUUCUAAUGUUAAAAUUUCCAUUUGCAGAGCUGGAGAGUCUGCAGAUGAAUGAUUUUUGUGGCAAAGACAAAAUGAUGUUUGAUCCAAUAGCUGCUGAUUAUGACAAUGCCUUCAAUAGCUUCCUCUUUGCAACAGCUGGUGUGGCAAUCAUUUUUUCUUAUAUUGGUGUGAUGAUAGCAGCCAGGUCGGCCUCCACAGACAAAGCUUCAGCCCGUAAGGCUCGUAACACACUGCUGCUGCAUCUGGUGCAGCUGGGCCUCAGUCUCUCCUCAACUCUGUACAAUCUCUUGCUUUUUUCUAUCUCUGUAAACCUAGACAGGAUCAUAUUUGUGCGCAUUCAGGUUGUUAUUUAUAUUUGUACUAUCAUGUUUCCCAGAUGUCUGAGUGCUCUCAUCUAUGGUCUCAGAGACCAGACAAUCAGACCCGUCCUCAUGUACAAUCUCUGCUGUCAGAGAUUCUCACCUUUGCAUUCAGUCGUCCAAACCAAAGCUAAAAUCAGCAAACUUGUCACUUAAAAGAUGGAAUUUCUUAACAAAUCUUCAUUAAUUCAACUUAAUAGACAAUUAAAAAUGUUCAUUUUAAAAAGUCAAGUGAGAUUUGCUGAUGCUCUUCAUUAUGUGUUGUGUAUAAAUAUUUACUUGUAGUGCUAUAUCAUCUCUUCCUGAUUGUGUAUGGUUCAACACAUAGUUGUGUUUUUCUUGAAAUGAGAGCAUCUAUAUGGCCAUCCUCUUGGUUUUCGUCAUAUUCAGGAGUAGGUGGUUCACUCUGCACCCCACAGCAAAGCUGGCAACAAAGUGAUGACUUAUGACCACAGAAUUAUUCCACGUUGUACUAGCAAUGGUUUAACUUUGUCAAUAAACUUGAUCAGCUCAUCCAGACUUAAAGAAAACAGAAGUUGCGUGUUUAAUGGUAUUUAUUUGUAGUGCCAUGCCCAGUGGAUCAAAACCCUAUUUUAGAAUCUAGAACCAAAACUAAUUUCUUAAUAUGAAUACAUCCAAUGAGUUUAUAGUGUUGUUGUGAUUUGGCGCUAUAUAAAUAAAAUUGAAUUGAAUUGAA